AAAAAACUACUUCGCCGGGAGCUCGCGGCGUGACAGCGGCGAGCCCUGGCUUCCAGGAGGCGCGGGGCGAGGGCAGACCUGGUUCUGGCGCAAACCCGGUCCCACUCGCCCCCUCCCGCCGCGCGCGGCCCGGCGCAGCCAGGAUUUCAUCUUCCACCUUGUCCUCCUCAUCUGUCCAGCCCAGCACCCUCCGGCCCAGCGAGGGCUGCCCACUUCUGGUCCUACCGGCCCAGAUCGCUGGAAACACCAAGAGGGUUUUUUUUGUUUUUUGUUUUUUUAAAUUCCUGUUCCAGGGGAGGGGGUGUGGCUGGGAAGGAUGAGAAACUGUGUUCCUCUGCUCUGUUUCUGGAGCGUCUAUUGUUGCUCUGCCGCGGGAAGCCCCGCACCCCUUGGUCCGGAGGGACGGCUGGAAGAUGAGCUCGGCAAAUCCAGGGAUGUCCAGCCUCCAGCCAAAUCCUCUGAUGUGAGAUUUAGCCUCCGCACCACUAAGGACCCAGAGCAUGAAGGAUGCUACCUCUCCCUUGGCCACAGCCAGCCCUUGGAAGACUGCGGCUUCAACAUGACAGCCAAAACCUUUUUCAUCAUUCACGGAUGGACGAUGAGUGGCAUGCUUGAGAAUUGGUUGUACAACCUGGUGUCAGCCCUGCAGACACGAGAGAAAGAUGCCAACGUGGUGGUGGUUGACUGGCUCCCGCUGGCGCACCAGCUUUACACAGACGCGGUCAAUAACACGAGGGUGGUGGGACACAGCAUUGCAAGGAUGCUCGACUGGCUGCAGGAGAAGGAUGAUUUUUCUCUCGGAAAUGUUCACUUGAUCGGCUACAGCCUUGGAGCGCACGUGGCUGGGUAUGCCGGCAACUUCGUGAAAGGAACAGUGGGCAGAAUCACAGGUUUGGAUCCUGCCGGGCCCAUGUUUGAAGGGGUGGACAUCCACAAGAGGCUGUCCCCCGACGAUGCAGACUUCGUGGACGUCCUCCACACCUACACGCGUUCCUUUGGCCUGAGCAUUGGGAUUCAGAGGCCUGUGGGCCACAUCGACAUCUACCCCAAUGGGGGCGACUUCCAGCCAGGCUGUGGAUUCAAUGAUGUCUUGGGAUCAAUUUCAUAUGGAACGAUCACAGAGGUGGUGAAAUGUGAGCACGAGCGUGCUGUCCACCUCUUCGUGGACUCCCUGGUAAAUCAGGACAAGCCAAGCUUUGCCUUCCAGUGUACCGACUCCAACCGCUUCAAAAAGGGGAUCUGUCUCAGCUGCCGGAAGAACCGUUGCAAUAGCAUCGGCUACAAUGCCAAGAAAAUGCGGAAGAAGAGGAACAGCAAAAUGUACCUCAAAACUCGGGCAGGCAUGCCUUUCAGAGUUUACCAUUAUCAGAUGAAAAUCCACGUCUUCAGUUACAAGAACAUGGGAGAAAUCGAGCCCACCUUUUAUGUCACCCUUUAUGGCACUGAUGCGGAUUCCCAGAUUCUGCCUUUGGAAAUAGUGGAGAAGAUCGGGCUGAACGCCACCAACACCUUCCUGGUCUACACCGAGGAGGACUUGGGAGACCUGUUGAAGAUCAAACUCACCUGGGAGGGCACAUCUCAGUCUUGGUACAACCUGUGGAAGGAGCUGCGCAGCUACCUGUCUCAGCCCCGCAACCCGGCGCGGGAGCUCAACAUCAGGCGCAUCCGGGUCAAGUCUGGGGAAACCCAGCGCAAAUUGACAUUUUGUGCAGAAGACCCUGAGAACACCAGCAUAUCCCCUGGCCGAGAGCUCUGGUUUCACAAGUGUCGGGAUGGCUGGAGAAUGAAAAAUGAAACCAGUCCCACUGUGGAGCUUCCCUGAAGACGCCCAGGGACAGUCUUGCCGGCAAGGACCCCUGCCGCCCAAGCACAUGGAGGAAAGUUACCGCUGAGGACCCGCCCGAUGGAAGGACCCCUCUCAGCCUUGACCCUGGAGCAUCGGGAACAACUUGUCUCCUGUGAUGGCUGCGACUUCUGGCCGGAGGGGACUGCACUGCUGAAGCUCCUGUUCCCGCUAGGCUGGCUCCAGCUCCACGCCUCGGGCGAGGCCUCU